AUGCCGCGCUCCACCUCGCUCUUCCCGCUGCUGCUUCUGCUGCUGCCGCCGCUGGCCUCGGGCCUCGGACUCCGCGCCGCCGGCGGCCGGCGCCCCGAGUGCGGUCCGUGCCGGCCCGAGCACUGUCCGGCGCCCGCGCGCUGCCCCGCGCCCGCGAUUGCGGCGCGCGACGAGUGCGGCUGCUGCGCGCGCUGCCUGGGCGCGGAGGGCGCGAGCUGCGGGGGGCGGGCCGGCGCGCGCUGUGCCCCGGGCCUGGUGUGCGCCAGCCGCGCCGCGGGGGCGGCGCCCGAGGGCACCGGGGUCUGCGUGUGCGCGCAGCGCGGCGCCGUCUGCGGCUCCGACGGCCGCUCCUACCCCAGCGUAUGCGCGCUGCGCCUGCGCGCCCGGUACACGCCCCGCGCGCACCCGGGCCACCUGCACAAGGCGCGCGAUGGCCCCUGCGAAUUUGCCCCCAUGGUUGUCAUUCCACCCCGGAGUGUCCACAACGUCACUGGUGCACAGGUGUACCUGUCCUGUGAGGUGAGGGCUGUGCCCACCCCUGUCAUCACGUGGAGGAAGGUCACACAGUCUCCUGAGGGUACUCAGGUGCUAGAGGACCUUCCUGGGGACCACGUCAAUAUAGCUGUCCAGGUGCGAGGGGGCCCUUCUGACCACGAGGCCACAGCCUGGAUUUUGAUCAACCCUCUGAGAAAGGAAGAUGAGGGAGUGUACCUGUGCCAUUCAGCAAAUGCAGUUGGGGAGGCCGAGUCCCACGGCACGGUGACAGUUAUGGAUCUGAGUAAAUACAAAGUCCCCCGCUUCCCAGCUCCAGACGACCGCAUGUGA